GUAUUUAUGAAUUUUUCAGCACGCAAACCUUUAAAAUUUCCGCAGUUUCGGAAAUGGACAAAAACAGACAUUGAAAAACUGAUAAAGCAACGUGAAGUCUUUUCAAAAUGCAGAAUGAUAACAAUGUUGGAUUUCCGCGACGGAGGAAAACAAGCGCAACGCAAAAUCCAUAGUUAUUUUUCAAGAAGAUUCCACACAAGAAUUGCAUGGAUCCGCGGGUCGCAAUGGUGGGGUAACAUCUUUAUUGGUAUCGUUCCUGUUGUGUUCGCAGCGCCUUAUUUAGCGGUCCGUCCGUGCCAGAACUCGCCAGGCGUUACAAUACAUCUCGAAACCGAACCAGAGUCCGCAAUGCGUCCGCAACUCUCGUUGGAUAUAAAUCGUUGUAACCGAUGCGGAGACAGACACUUGCGAGAUAUGGUUUCUUCUCCUCCGGAAAGGGUAGUAACGGUGCACGAACAAACGUAUGUGUGACUUUAUAAUUGUAAAUUAAUUCUCACGACAUGGAAUUUUAUAUGGGACGUACAAAAGGCCGACAAGUACGUUACGAUACGACGAAAAUACAGGUGCAGGAAAACACGAAGUGCAGGAUGCAGGUCUUAUUUCGCUUCUAAUUCUCCAUCAUCUGAUCGAGCUUUUAUAAAUCCUUCUAUUUUUUUUCGAUCAUUGAAUUUCUACCUUCGCGAAGCUAAUCUUCCCGUCAAUGUUAAUUUGAAAUAAAAUAAAAUUUAGGUUUCGGCGCCAACCGAAUUAUACUAAUAAGAGUAAAAAUGAACCGCGAAUCCGCAAAAUUGCUUCCGAAGACGAGGCAUUCGAUGACUGGUAUUUUUCAAGAAGCAGACUCGGAGGCGUCAUCGGGACAGCAUGAGACAACAGGGAUGUUUUUACAACUGGUUUACGAUGGUAUAUAAUUGACGAAUCGCGCGAGUCGCUGGCAAUGUACAAAGUUCCAUCGACGAUGAAGAUAUUCCUCGUGUAUUUCCUCAUCUGGGGACUGGCGAGUGGUCAGGUUCUCACCCCAGAACAGUUGCUCGCCGGUGCCUCGGCCGAUUCUUCCGCGACGAGCGUUGCUUUCGGCAAUCUACCGGAUCAGGGAUCGUUGGUCAGUUCUUCCAGCAACGCGUUCGCCAACAGUCAAGUAGAUGGUAAUCAGGGAUUUGAGACAGGAUCUCAAGCGCAAUCAUUGGCACAGGCGAUUUCGGAUGCGAUCGGGCAUGGAGACAUUUCGGCAAAUGCCAACGCCAACGCGGCGACGCAAGCAGUCUCUUUAACGGAAUUCUUGCAGCAAAACGGCGAAAGUUCCGCGAACGCGGAAUCUCUGGCGAAAAUAAUUGCGGAUUCCCUGUCCAAGACACAGGCUACGGCUUCGACAGAAUCGGAGAAUUCCGGAUCCAUAAAAAGAAAGUACUUCGUCACGAAUUACUCUUCAUCAUCAUCUUCGUCUUCGUCUUCGUCGGACAGCUCUUCCACGGCAUCUUCGAGCUCGACAGCCACAGCCGACGCGAUAUCCGACUCCAACGCUGACUCCUCCACGUUCUCCAGCGCAUCAUCUUCCUCGAACAGCAACAUCGAUGUUUCGGCGAAGGCUAUCGCCAAAGCGGAAGCUGAAGCAAAGGCGGCUUCAAAAGCGGCGGUGGUAGCUCAAGCGGAGGCCAAGGUUCAGGCCAAAGCAGCCGCUCGCGCUGAGGCGGAAGCCAACGCGGCGGCUGCCGCGAAAACGCGAGCGGAAGCGAAGGCGCGAGCCGAAUCCGAGGCCCGGGCGCAAGCAGAAGCGCGUGCGGAGGCUUCCGCGCGAGCCGAGGCCAAGGCUAAAGCGGAAGCAUCGGCCAAGGCGGAAGCCAAGGUGGAGGCCGAAGCCAAGGCUAAAGCCGAAGCUGAAGCACGAGCCGAGGCGGAGGCACGAGCCGCGGCAUCCGCGCAAGCUGAGGCUGAGGCACGGGCGCAGGCCAAGGCCGAGGCGGAGGCAUCCGCGCGAGCGGAAGCGAUCGCCCGAGCGGAGGCAGAGGCACGCGCCAAGGCGGAAGCUCGAGCGGAAGCAUCGGCGCGGGCCGAGGCUAGAGCGAAAGCUGAGGCCAGGGCGAAGACAAAAGCUGCGGCUAUGGCCAAGCUGGCAGCGCUAACUAAAACAGUAGCUGAGGCGUACGCUAACGCGAUAGCUAAGGCUAAGGUGUCCGCCGAGAAAAUCAAGUUAGCGAGCGAGGCCACAAUGCAUGCGGCGAAGGCGAUCAAGUUGGCGUCUGCGGCGCAAGACGAAGCUGCCAUCAAAGCGUCCGUCGCCGAGGAAGCGGCAGCCGCUGCCGCCGUCGCCACCGGCGAAACGAACGCCGCGACGGCCGCGGUCCAGGCUGCCCUGAUGCUGACUCUGAUGAUCUCCCAGUCCGCGGAUCUCACCCAGAAAAUGGCUGCCUCUUACGCCCUAGAACUUGUGAAAGCAGCCACGGCUGCCGAAGCCGCCAUCGGAUAUAUUAAAAUUAAGGCAUACAGCGCCGAGGAGAUAGUCGCUCUAGCGAUAGCAGCCGCCAAAGCGGCUAUGUCCGAGCAUGCAGCGAGUAAUCUAAAAAUUGAAAGAUUGGCCGUGUAUGAAGAAGUGGUCAAAGAAGCCAGCACCAAGGCCGCUGCCAUGCAAUCCGUCGCUUUGGAAUACGCGAACAAGUUCUAUCGCGAAAUGGAAGAAAUGGCUCAGAGACGAGCCUCCGCAUCCGCCAAGCUGGAUUCGAGAGUUGCGAGCUUGGAGUCGACCAUUGCGGCGCAAGCGAAUCCUCUCAACGUCGUGAUGGAUGGGAUUGUCGUCGGUUUGGGCGACACGCCCAAGUUGUCGAUCAAACAUGUCCAAGUGAAAGCAAAACGUUACUCGUAGUAGUAUCAAAUUGGUCAAAGCGACGCGACGAG